UAGAACUGUAAAACUCAUUGCUUUGUUAACUAUAUUCAUAUUGAAUGGUGAAUUUUCAGUAGCAUUUUCUAUGACUAAGAUUAUUUAAGUAUGAUACAGAAUAUGUAGUUAGUUUUCAUGGCUUGUUUUAUAAUGUUUAAAUGUAUGAUUGUGAGAAGUGCUGCUUCUGAUGGUUUUUAGAUAAUAUUUUAAAAGAAUCUUACAACUAUUUAAACUUUGCAUUGCACAGUCCUCUGCAUCAUGAUUUAGGUAAGUAAAAUAAAUGACUUUGAGUGGCCCCUCAGCCAUGACAAAGCUUGAAAUAAAACUAAUCUUUUAGUGUUGAAUCCUAUCAAAUAGAGGCUUUUGUACAUCUGUUAGUAGAACAUCUCCCUGUCCUUUUGGUUGAAGCAUGGGGAAGUCCUGCUCCAAUACUAUGUGGGUUUGGGGAUUUUUUCCCUCUUAUUUUCCUGAAUUUGUGCCCUGAUAAUCAAAUGUUUGAGGGUUUUUUGGCUUCAUCCCCCAACUCUUCCUUUCUUUCUUUCUUUUUUUUUUUUUUUAAGGAGGGGAUUAAUAGCUGGGCAUUGCAAGUUGCCUCUGGUUUGUAUUAAGUUAAGUAUGUAUUUAGAAAAACAGAGAGUCUGGAUUUAAACCAACUUCUACCACCUUCUUAUUUUUCUGAGCUAUGUGGCAAAGAGGAUUUCUUGGUAGCCUUAUCCACAAUAGACUAGAAGGUGAUAAAGUGAAACUGAUUUGCUAGCUACGUGAUAUCCUCCCUUGCAGCUGGAUGUUGUUUAUGCAAAAGCGUUCUCAAAAGGUGAUGGAAGUUGCGAGCUCAUUCUUCCUCGUAUCUGCAGGUGUUCUGUUCUAAAUCCUCUAUUAAUUGUUCUGUUUGCUUAUUGCCAAUGGCAAAUAUUGUAAUGGGAUAAGGACUGACAGUGAAAUCAAUGCCUCUUUCUAGCGAAUUCCUUGUGAGCUGCUUUGGAAUAUCUGGUUUUUCUCAUCUAAGGUUAUAAAUGCGUGAAAACACUUUAUUUUGGUUAGAGCACCUCAAAUUCAAUUCAAAUAAACAUGGAUCUAUUAGUUGACCAAAAAGCUGGUAAAACACUUCAGGGGCUUUUUAUAACCAAUUAGACUGUGCUAUUUUUCUUCUCUGGUAGGGCUGCUGUCGAAUGUUAUAGCUGCUGUUUUAUGAGAUGAAUCUGGAAUGGAGAAGGGAUCUCCCAGGUCAUUCCUUCUGCACAUUGUAUUACAGUAUUUUUGUGUGUGUGUGUGCAUCUCUGUACAGAGGACAUUUGGUGGGGGUUUUUUUGUUUGUUCCACACACACAUGCACACAUCUGGCCUGGCAGGUGACGAAGGUUCUCAUUGCAUCACAGGCGCAGAACCCGCAGCGAUGUCACAGAGUUGCUCUGUGAUAAAUAGCAGCACGUGCUCCGUCUAGCCAUACCGUCAACUGAAUAUUCAAUAACCAUUCCUUCUGGCUGGUGUUACCCUGCUAUGACAGCUGCUUGCUCAUCUGAGCUGAGCUGCCUGAGCUGAUGCAUCAUGUGAAACGCUAGCAGAAGCACAAACAGAAAACAAAAGGGGAUGCUGUGAGCAUGCGCCGAAAUGUCCGGGUGAAAACUAAGGCCCCCUGGGUGCCCCCAGGCAAAACAUCUGUCCGGGAGUCCAUCUGCAAAUGGGAGGGACCAACUCACCGCCUAGAAAUUACACCUUCAGAUUCGGAAAAACUGUUGUCAGUAUUGCGCCUGAGUGACCUCUCUACAGAUGAGGAGGAUGCUGUUUGCUGCAAAAUGAAUGAGUAUGAAAAGAAGAUAGAUAGCUUGAUGAAUGUGGUGGGAACACUGAAGAACGAGGCCAAGAUGCAGAAACAGGAGGAACAGCAGCAACGGACAAAGCGUCUCCUUGAGGAGCAGAAAGAAGAACUGGAUGAGGUCACUCAAGAGCUGGUGGAAACAGAACAUGAGAACACACUGCUCAGACGCAAUAUUGAGCGCAUGAAAGAGGAGAAAGAUCUGACCGCGUUACAGAAAAAGUGCUUGCAGCGUGAGAAGGAGUGUCUGAUGUCCAAGCUGAGUGAAGCAGAGAGGGAUGGAGCAGCUGCAGCCAAACAGAUCCAUGCUCUGAAAGACGCAAUUGGGAGACUCAACAUUGAGAAACACAUGAGCAGCUCAGAUAUUAACACACUGACAAGACAAAAAGAGCUGCUGCUACAGAAAUUGAGCACCUUUGAAGAAACCAACCGGACACUCCGAGAACUUCUUAAAGAGCAGCAAAACCGGGAGAAGGAUGCUCAGAAGAUAUUGGAGCAGCAGGGAACGCUGUUGAAAAGGCUGGCUGACUCAGAUGCAGAGAAAGUGCAACUCCAGAUGAUGCUUCAGGAGAAAGAAAAAGAGGUGGAUGACCUUACCGUUCAGAUACAGACAGAGAAGGACCAGGCAAAGACAGCAUGUGAACUCUCCAAAUCUAUGGAGGCCGUGAGAGGCCAUUUACAAGCACAGCUACGAAAUAAAGAAGCUGAAAACAACCGUCUGGCUAUCCAGAUCCGGAAUCUGGAACGCAAUGGAGCUCAGCAUAAGGUAGAGGUGGAACAUAUCAUGGAGCAACUGAAAGAGGUAAGGCAGAAGGCAGACCGUGAUAAGGAGGCCCUGAAGAAAGCUGUCCGUGCACAGAAAGACCGGGCAGAGCGGAGUGAGGAGUAUGCAGAGCAAUUGAACGUCCAGCUGGCAGAAAAGGACAGUUAUGUUGCUGAAGCACUGUCUACGCUAGAGUCCUGGAGGAGUCGCUACAACAAAGUAGUGAAGGACAAGAGCGACCUCGAACUGGAAAUUGUUAUGCUGAACAGCCGUAUUACAGACUUGCUGGAAGAGCAGAAAACCCUGGAGGACAAGAUGCGAGAAGACAGAGAUGUUUUGGUGGAUAAAUUGCAUCGACAGGCCACAGAGACCACUUCUUUCAAAAUGGAGAACGAAAGGCUAAAGGCUAGUGUGGUCCCAAUGGAGGAAAAGCUGAACCAAGCACACAUGGAAGUGCAGCAGCUCAAGAGCUCUCUCAAGAAUUAUGAAGGGUUGAUUGAAACCUACAAGUCACAGGUGUUGAAGAACCGAAUGGAAGCAGAUGAUGUGACAGCAAAACUGGAGAUCUGUGAUAAAGAGAACAAGACACUAAAGAAUGAAAUGAACAAAGAGAUUGAACUGGCUCGUCAGCAGUUCCAGAGCCAGCUCGCUGAGCUAGAAAAGCUCCCCGAGAUCUUGAAGAUCACAGAGACACGGCUGGCAGAAUGUCAGGACCAGAUUCAGAGUUAUGAGAAGAAGAAUGCGGACCUGUCUGUCAUGAUUACAGAUCUUCGUCAGCGGAUUGAGCUCCAGGGGGACAAAAUGGAGAUGACAAGAGAGAGGUAUCAAUCUGCCCAGGAGGAGAAUAAGCAGCUCACCUUGAAGGUGGAGGAGCUGGAAAGAAAACUACAGACAACGAGUGCCCAGAACAUAGAAUUCCUUCAGGUCAUAGCAAAACGUGAAGAGUCGAUUCACCAGUGUCAGCUGCGGUUAGAGGAGAAGACCCGUGAAUGUAGCUCCUUGGCACGUCAGCUGGAGAUGGCCAUUGAGGAUGCCAAAAGACAAGUGGAACAAACAAGAGAACGAGCAGCAGCUAGAGAGAAGGCAGCCCAGUCCAAGAUGUUGGAUUUGGAGACCCAGCUGAGUAGGACUAAAACAGAGCUGAACCAGUUGCGUCGGAGCAAAGAUGAUGCAGAGCGCCGGUAUGAAAGCCGCCUGCAGGAUUUAAAGGACAGGUUGGAGCAGUCAGAGAGCACCAACCGCAGCAUGCAAAACUAUGUCCAGUUCCUCAAGUCCUCCUAUGCCAACGUUUUUGGAGAAAGUGCCUUGCUGAGCUCCUCCACCCGCUCUCGUUCUUCUCCAUGAGGACAAUGCUCUCCCUGCCCCAUGGCUAUUAAGCACAAAAGGAGCCCUAUUUCAAAGCCAUAUCUUAUGUGGAAAAUUGGUUGCCGUUUCAGGAUAGGGAGAAGUUUUAAUAUUUUCCUUGCACCAUGAGAUGGUAAAAUGAUGGUGAUAUAUGCCCUAAGUGUAGGGCAUCAGCAAUACUGGUUUGGUAUUGGACAUUGGCAUCACGCCAUAAACUAUGCCCCAAACCCAGCUGGAUUUGAAUGCAUAGAAAUGAUCAUUUUCAUCCCAUAAGGUCCUUAUGGUUUCAGCUCUUAAAACCUGGCAGUGGUUUUAGUUGAGCAUGGUCAUGCUUUUUACAGGUCUGUUCAUUUUCAUGCAUCUUUCUUCAUUCUCUGUGUGUUAGGGAGAUCAUGUUUCUGUGUGUAGGGUUUUGGGUUUUUUUGUAAUUUGUAAUUUUUUUUUAAUGUUGCACACUGAUGCAACGGCUGGUGGGAGAGAGUCCACCCACCAGAAGUGUGAAGCUGAAGAUAACUUAAGUGCCUGGGCUCUACACUUUUAAAAGAUUAUCUCCUGAACAACCACCCUAUUUGUAAACGGUUUUAUACCAGCAGCAAUGAAUGUUAUUUGCACUUGAUUUUGUAUACGCUAAUCCUCAACGUUUGUCUCGAGUGUGAUCUUAAUGCGUAUUAAAGCUUCUAACUUGCUUUAUUCCCUCCAAGCCAAUUUCCUGAUCCCGAUUAUCCCCAGAACUGAGCCAAAACUCUCAGAAUUCAAAGGAAAGACUCUGGUUUAAUCUCAGCGGAACUCGAAUUGGGGUCUCAGUGUGAUGCCAUGGGAUUUGGGACUGUGUGAGAAACGCUGGCUUGGUCUUGAGCCAAUUUAAGAGCAGCUUUAUUUCUGCUCAACUUCCUCAUUUAACCAGGCUGCACUUUGGCUAGGAAAAUCAGGUCUUUAGAGCGUCGACUCCCUAAAACUCACGGGCUCUCCAGGGCCCGGUUCCUUAUGGUAAAUGGCUCUGAGGGGGAGGAAAAAUAAACAUAAUUGUUUUUAUUUUCA